UAUUUUAUUCGCCACCAUUUUACUCACCGUCUUCGUCACCGAUCUCUUUUAAUAAUUUACAUUAAUUCGAGUCUUUUUAAAUUGUUCGUAAUCAAUUUAAUCAUCAUCUUAUUAUUCGUAUCAUUAUCAUCUGUCUUAUUACUUUCUUUUGAUUCUCUGUCGCAUUUCGCGAUUUUCUUUCAUUAAUUGUGUGUCAUUUUUGUCUCUCUCUCUUAUUCUCUUCUAUUCUUCUUAGUUUUUUUCUUUUCUUCUUCUUCUCUUUUUCUGAUUGGUUCAAAUUGAAUAUUCACCAGUUGAACACUUACACACAUUUAAACGGACCAUCUUUCACCAUCUUCUUCUAACCAUCCGAAUAAACUGUCUUUUUGUUUUCCUUCCUGUGGUUUAAAUUUGUUUUCUCUUGAGAAUUUUUCUGGUGUCUCUUGUGGAAUUCUCUUGUCUUCUUAGCCGUCAACCCAAACAAAACUUGAAAUACUCUUUGUUUUUCUUUAUAUUAUUGUAUUUAAAUCUUUGAUAAUAUGACGAGUGUUGUUGAAACUGCUCCUGCUGUCGUUGCCACUGAAGGUACAACUGAUUCCAAAAUUGAGGAUAAAGUUGGUGGUGGUGAUACCAAUAAUACCAAUAAUUCAACUACUGUUGUUGGUGCUGAUGAUGAACAAUCAAAGAAAACAACAGAGGCAACUACUGAAGAAUCAAAUAAAGAUGCUGUUACUGGUGGAAAACCUAAACCAAGUGUACACAAAGUAGAUUUUGAGGAAGGAAAAGUCUACUUGUAUCAAUUUGAAAGAUGUGCAUCAUUACCAUCAUCAUCAUCCCAUUGUCUUAAAUUGGAGACAUUUUUACGAAUGGCAAAUAUUCCAUAUGAGAAUGUUGAUCAUAAAAUGAGAUACAAAUCAAGUAAAGGAGAUAUGCCAUUUGUAGAAUUGAAUGGACGUGAAAUUGCUGAGACCGAUGCUAUAAUUGAGGAAUUAUCGAAAGAAUUUAAGAUUGAUUUAAAUUCUGAUUUGACAGGCGAGCAAAAAGUCAUAGCCCAUGCUUUAGAAUCUAUGCUUGAGAAUCACACCGCUUGGAUUAUUAAACAUUGGCGAUUUAAACACCCACAAGAGUUUCUUAAAGUUUCUGGAACUGAUAUAAAGAAGACAAUUAACUCUAAGCUACCUCAAUCAGUUCUCAAUUUUAUGUUCAAAAUAGGAUUCAAAAGUAAUAUCAAAGACCUUAUUGGGCAUGGCAUUGGUCGUCAUGAUGCUGAACAAGUAUAUGCUACUGGGCGUAAAGAUUUGGAAAUGCUAAGCAAUGCAUUAGGCGAUAAGCAGUAUUUCUUUGGAGAUAAACCCCGAUUGUUGGAUGCUGAGGUUUUCUCGAUACUUGCCCAAUUCAUUUUUGUUCCAUUCGAGAAUUACGAUGAAUUUAUCAAGAAUGAUACUUCUAAUCUAUUCAAAUUUGUUGAGAGAAUGAAGGAACAAUACUGGAAGGAUUGGGAUACAAUUUGUCAAGCGGUUGAAGUUGAAUCAGGCAAAAAGGAAGGUGAAUCAGAAGACACCAAGAAAUCUGACGAAGCUAUCGAAGAAGAAAAGAAAAAGAAAGAAGAGCUCAAAAAAGAAAAGGAGGAAAAGAAACGUAAAGAGAAAGAAGAAAGAGAGAAGAAAAAGAAGGAAGAGAAAGAAGAGAAAGAGCGAAAGAAGCGCGAAGCAAAGGAAAAAGCAGAAAAAGAAAAAGCUGAGAAAGAAAAGGCCGAAAAAGAGAAGGCAGAGAAAGAAAAGGCUGAAAAGGAGAAAGCUGAACAAGAGAAAAAAGAAGCCGAAGCAAAAGCUGAAGGUGAAAAAGGAACUGAUGGAGGAGAUAAAGCUGAUAAAUCUGGUGGUGAAGUAGAUGAAUCUCAAGGUAAAAGCGAAGCUGGUGGUGGUGGUGAAGUCGGUGAAAAAUCAGCGGAGAAAAAAGAUGAUACCAAAGAAAGUGAAGGAAAAUCCGGUUAAAGAACAUUUUAUAUCGUUUGUUUAUUUUAUUCCCGAUAACAUAAAAAGUAAUUCGAAAAAGAUUUCAACAGGUCAACAAAUCUGAAAUUUCAGGAAUAUCAAUUUUACAGGUCUGACACCUUAUUAAAGACAAGCAAUUUUCUAAAUGCAGCAACAUUUCUCAAGCCUGAUGUUUCUCCUCAUCAAAAAUUUUCUUUUCAUAAACAAAGAUCUGAUCACAUUAGAUCUGCUUUCAUCUCAAUUUGCAACUUCAAACAACAAAACCCCAAUCGAAACAAAUCAUUUUCUCUCUUAUGUAUUAUUUGCCCAUUCACAUAACACAAACACACACAAAACCAUAAUUUCAACAUUAGGCAUUACAAUUUCUUUUCUAUCCCUUUAAAUUUUUUUUUCUUAUUUUAUAUUUAUUUUUAAAACUUAAAUAUUAAAUUUUGACUUGUGAUUAAGA